CUCUCGAGACGCGCAGCACCGCAAGCACCAGCAGCAUCGCCGCGACGUAUAGAGCCAGGAGGAGUCAGCAGCCCAACCCAGCGCGUCCAAUCCUCGAGCUCUUCACCGUCGGCCUUGCCGUUCUUUGCGACAGCCUCGAUCUCGUAGCUAUAUCUGCGCAUUCGAGCAUAACAACAUAGUCAACAGUUUACGAGUGCGCGCGUGUGCAGACAGCCGCCGAUUCAAAUAUUGCGCCCCGCGAGCCGCGAGUGUGCAUAUAUACAUAUAUAAUUUCCAUUGAAAAAUCCACUGCAGCUAUCUCUUUUAUAGCGCGAACCUGAGCGCGAAUAACGUGCGAGCGGAGAAGCGUGUAUGUACACAACAGAGGCUCCGAGCUGUUUGUAGGUUACGCGCGGCGACCGCCAAGGAAUCAUCGUCAGCAGAAAAUCUUUGCGUGGUGUGUGUGCAGCAGGCUGCAGGGUUCAGUCAUUCAGUGUAGUCCAGCUUGACUGUGUGUGUAUAUGUGUGCACAGAGUUGCGCUCGCGCGCGCACGUAAAUUACGUGUACCAGCGAAUCUGCGGUCCGCAGCGUGCGCGCGCGCACACACACACACAUAGGCACAGCCGCAGUCUCGAUCGUCCAUCAGUGUGUAAGUAGCAGCAGUAGAAGGCAGCGGUGUGGCGUUCCUUCCGGAGGACGAAGACGAAGACGACGACGGCGGGACCGUCCUCCACAGCGCUACGUCCAGGACGCACUGCUAGCAUUGUCAUCACCGGCCAGCUGUUCGAUCGGCUAGGAAUCGCUGAUCCUCAUGGAAGCCAGCGCGGAAGAACUACUGGUCAAGGACCCCUCGCAGGAUGAUGCCAGUAAGUUUGGAAAAGAUUCUUUAAUUGCAAAUGGAAUGAACGGUGGCUAUGAUAUGGAAAGCGACUACGAUAUCUCUUCUACCGGCAGGCAGCAGGAAGAUAUGGACAAAUGUGAAAGUAGUGUCAAUGCUCUAGAAGUUGAAGGAGAAGAGGACGAGGAGGAAGAAGAGGACGAGGAGGAGGAGGACGACGAUCAUGGUAUGGAAGUCGACCUGGGCGACGUGGAAGCGAGUAACGAGGCCGGAUCUGAAUCUCUGGCCGAGAUAGCGAACAGCUAUUCGGCUUCUGCUGUAGCGCGUGACGCCACCAGUGUCGACAAAAAUGUUGAGAGUAGUGCAGUGUCUAGUAAAAGCGAGACUCAGUGCAACAAGGACGAGUCGAUGGACGUUGAUGCGCGCAGCAAUGCCUCAGAUGUCGAGUGCCUCGGAGAAGAGGACGAGGAAGACGAAGGUACGACGGCGGGAGCAGCCGCAGGUUCGGAGCAAAAGGCCGCUGCUUCUGGCAAGCCUGAUAGCAGCCUAGACAACUCCGACGUUAAGAUCUGCGAGGAAAACGGCAGUCUCGGUAGUCCCGAUAUCGAGGAAAUCACCGACGGCGGUAAGAGCAAUGGACACGACAGCAGCUCGGACUCUCUUAAAGACACCCCUAAAAAGAAAAAUAAAAAAGCAGUUCAACCCAGUGUUAGCAUAACGCCCCGUAGAAGUUCUCGAAACAUCAAUCGAAAGAGCUACUUGGAGCGAGAAAUGGGUUAUCUGGAAGAAGACGGUCCGUUGACUAUCGACAACAGCUCCGACAUCGAGGAGAUCAAGCCAGAGGAUCCUCUGGCCGAAGUCGAUAGCAAAGAUAAGGAGAACUCCAAGCAUAAGUCGCCCAUCAAGAACAUAACGACGACCAAUAACAAAACGACGAUCGUCGUCAACGACACGAAGCGCCUUGUUGAAAUUGCAGCUGGUAGCAAGAACAUCAAGGGUGGCAAGAAGGAGCCGACGCUUGUCAUUAUAGACACUAAUUCUAUUCUCUCAGGCAAGGGCGGUGUUCCGGUGACGAGUUCCAAGUCCUCGUCACACCACUCAUCCUCACACUUGCACCAUGGCUCAAGCUCCAGCUCGUUUUCAAUGAUGCCGAUUGGCAUGGGUCCUCAGCAGAUGUACGCAAACACUCGGACGACGAUAACGCCUGUACCCAUGAAGGGUACUACGCUCAAUAGUAACAAAUCUACCACGAUCACGCCCGUGAUCAACCCGAUGCAUCACCAACAACAGCUACAGCAGCAGCAGCAGCAGCAGCAGCAACAGCAGAUGCAACAGCAGCAAAUUCUGCCAACGCUUACAGACGACAUGUUCGUAGUAGAGGCACCGUCCUUCAUUGUACCUUAUGUAUACGAAAAGCCACCGCUAAAACCACUUAAGGACUUCGUUAGCAAAUUAGACAAAAGCAUUAAGGACUAUGAUAAAGAGGAGAAGUUGAGGAAACAGGCUGCGAAGGAGAAGAAAAAGGCCGAGGGAGGAGAUAAGGCAGAAGAUGACGAGGAUGAUAGUGACGAUGAUGACAAAAACGAAUGUUUAGACUUGAGCGAAAAGCCGACACCCGAAGAGAAGAACGAGUUUGCCGUACACGAGGAUAAAAAUAAAAUUCCUACAUACUUCGACCUCCCGCUGGGAAAGUUUUUUAUGUCGAUCGGUAUUGGGCUCGUGCAGGAAUACGUACAAACUGAUUUACUUCGCACCCAAAAGCGUAAACAGGGCAAGGGUAGCACAUCCGCUGAGACUCAGAUGGCCAUUAAUUCAUUGAUCAAGAACCUCGAGUUCAGCAAGGAAAACAACGAACCUUACCACUUGGAACUUAAAAAGUGCGAGUUCUGCAGUUUCAAAACCGAAUCUGCCUUGGCAAUGCAGCACCAUCUUGAGACGCCGCAUAUGCGCAACUACGUAUACAAAUGCAACUUCUGCCCAAUCGAAGUACGCAGUCCUCACGAUAUUUUAUUCCACAUGGAAGCUGAGCACAACACGCGAGGUCGACUGGAGCGUGGCCCGGCGUUCCACCAAUGUCCUAAUUGCCCGUUCGAGGAUAACCAAAAGGGCAAGCUUACGCGACACAUACUCGCCUGCACAAAGAAAUUCCGGCCCGAGCGGAAUCUCGAGCCAUCGAUGGAUUGGGAACCGCCGGCCAAGAUACCGCGGCUCAACCGGCCGAGGAAUGCGAUGCCCCAGCUGUCGGCAAGCCAGUUGGCCUCGGCCAUGGGUGCGGCCAAGGGACAACAAACACUAUUGCCGAAAUUGUUGCCCGCGCCGAUGCCUACCGGCAGAGGUAGAGGUAGGCCACCGAUGCAACCAAGGUAUACGGAUAUGAAGGCUAUGGCAAGACCUGGUGGUUCGCCUGGCAUUCGACAAGACAAUGUGUCAAGUAUGAUGUACCGGCCAACUUCUUCAGGACUAAUGUUGCCCAAUUCGUACCAGUUUGGAGCCGGUAACCAAAUAUUCCAGGUGGUGGGUGGCUCUGGGACUGUCAUAUCGGCCUUAUCGGGGGUGAGUAGCAGUAGUGGCGGCAGUUCCGGACGACCCGCACCCAUUGCCCUAGUACCCAACGUUAACGAGUCCCAGUCUAGGUUGCUCUCGUCACAGAAUACAUCAGUCACUAAUGCUGUCAAGAAUCCUACAGCUAAGCUAUUAAGCCAACCAAGUAUAUCAAUAACUCCCCUGCCUCGCACAGCACCACAAGCUUCUGCACCAGGUUCAAACAGUCAAGUCAAACCUGGAGGAAAGAGUACUUUUGUUAUAUGUGAAAUAUGUGAUGGAUACAUAAAGGAUCUGGAACAAUUAAGAAACCAUAUGCAAUGGAUUCACAAAGUUAAGAUACAUCCAAAGAUGAUUUACAACAGACCACCACUGAAUUGCCAGAAGUGUCAGUUCCGAUUCUUCACAGAUCAGGGAUUAGAAAGACAUUUGCUCGGGUCUCAUGGACUCGUAACGUCUAGUAUGCAGGAAGCCGCAAACAAAGGCAAAGAUGCAGGCCGUUGCCCAGCUUGUGGACGAGUGUACCAGUGGAAGCUGCUGAACCAUGUAGCUCGCGAUCAUGGUAUGACCCUCAAACCCGCGCAUUUGUCAUACAAAUGUACGGUCUGCACUGCCACGUUCGGGAUGUACAAACAAUUCGAGAACCAUGUGUAUUCGGCACACAGCGUCGUUGCUAAGCGCGUAAUGGACAAGAAGAGCAGCGCGCCCUCUUCGCCGUCCUCGAGGUCCAACGAUUCACUUCUUAAGCCUCUCAAGAUCAACGACGAGAUCACAAUUAUUCCACAGCCAGCAAAACCGACCAGUAGGUCCGGACCCCAAGGCAGAGCCAAAUAGCAGUGAUAAGUCCCUAGAUAACGACAAAGAUGACAAAGACGAGUGAUUUUAAUUAAAAUUCUCUCUUUCUCAACUACUCAUUACAAAGGUCUCACAAACACGUGUAAACUGUUGUGGUUAUACAUACCCCAUAACGAUCUCUGUGUAGCUCAAGGCAGCGAUCAGCAUGUGUACAUGAGUAAUUUGCAAAUACUGCUUGAAAUUAACGAAGUAGACAUGAAGAAAGCAAGGAUUGAAACUAUAUACAAUGAUAUACAUUAUUUCGGAAUAUGCAGACACAAUAUCGCGAAGGUUUUAGAGAAGGAAUAUUGUUGUAGAAACGGAUGCACUGGAAAAACAUUUGGCAAGGAAGUACACUAGUUGAAUGCGUAAUAUUCCAUCGACGAUUAUACUGAUAUAUUUAUUUAAGGAUUUUUUAUUGUUGUUAUCAAGACACAUGAAAGAAAAUAGACUGUGAAAAAAAAGACAUUUAACAAAAGGGUGGCCUUCAGUACGAUUCCUUGGUUGAUUGAUCGAUCGAGCUGCAUCGUAUUUCCCCGAUCUACACGCCUACGAUGAUAAUCUUUCAACAAAAAAAAAAAUGAAGAAGAGAAAAA